AUGGUUACAUCACCAUGUGGUGGACGUUGUUCUGGUCUGGUAGUUACAUCACCAUGUGGUGGACGUUGUUCUGGUCUGGUAGUUACAUCACCAUGUGGUGGACGUUGUUCUGGUCUAUCACCAUGUGGUGGACGUCGUUCUGGUCUGGUAGUUACAUCACCAUGUGGUGGACGUCGUUCUGGUCUGGUAGUUACAUCACCAUGUGGUGGACGUCGUUCUGGUCUGGUAGUUACAUCACCAUGUGGUGGACGUUGUUCUGGUCUGGUAGUUACAUCACCAUGUGGUGGACGUCGUUCUGGUCUGGUAGUUACAUCACCAUGUGGUGGACGUCGUUCUGGUCUGGUAGUUACAUCACCAUGUGGUGGACGUCGUUCUGGUCUGGUAGUUACAUCACCAUGUGGUGGACGUCGUUCUGGUCUGGUAGUUACAUCACCAUGUGGUGGACGUCGUUCUGGUCUGGUAGUUACAUCACCAUGUGGUGGACGUCGUUCUGGUCUGGUAGUUACAUCACCAUGUGGUGGACGUCGUUCUGGUCUGGUAGUUACAUCACCAUGUGGUGGACGUCGUUCUGGUCUGGUAGUUACAUUACUAUGUGGUGGACGUCGUUCUGGUCUGGUAGUUACAUCACCAUGUGGUGGACGUCGUUCUGGUCUGGUAGUUACAGUACCAUGUGGUGGACGUCGUUCUGGUCUGGUAGUUACAGUACCAUGUGGUGGACGUCGUUCUGGUCUGGUAGUUACAGUACCAUGUGGUGGACGUCCUUCUGGUCUGGUAGUUACAUCACCAUGUGGUGGACGUCGUUCUGGUCUGGUAGUUACAUCACCAUGUGGUGGACGUCGUUCUGGUCUCGUAGUUACAUCACCAUGUGGUGGGUGA